UGAUUUUACUGUAACCUUAUUUGUAUUCAGGUACACAUUUCAAGAGAGGAUUAAGACUUUUGAUCAAAGUUAGGUGCACCUCUUUCGACACAUAUUUGUAAUCAACGUGAGAAAUAUUGCUACAGAUCUGCAUGCAGUUUGGACAUAUAGACUCAGGAUAUUGGUAUAUAUCUACUACGUCACAGCUUAUAGUUUGAGCUUGCAUGAACUCACUGUAGGCUAAUAACUUCUAGUACACAUUGGCUGAUCACAUUUUAAAGUUUUAUCGGACAUCAAUUAUUGGAUAUAGGGGUAGAACGAGCUCGUGUUUGUAACUAGCCAGAAAUUCGAUAUUUGUACCAAUGGCUGAAAAAAUUGAGGAAAAGAAAGCUCCAAGCUUUUCACAUAACCUAACCUGUCCACUAUGUCUUGGUAUCUUCGACGAGGCAACCAUCCUGACUUCAUGCGGACACACAUUCUGUCGGAAAUGUCUCAAGAACUAUGACCUGUCCCAUCAGGAACUUGAUCACAUGAUAUGUCCUCUCUGCAGGGAGGUCACCAAGUUGUCUGCGAACCGUGUCGAUAAUUUUCUCACCAAUGUGACUGUCAACGGACUCGUAGACAAUUACCACGCCAAGUGUGGAGGGGUGAAUGCUGCCCUGGAGGUGCGUCCAAAAUGCACUGCUUGCAAGUUCCAUCAAGAUGCUGUCUCAUUCUGCAGAACAUGUAAUAAUUAUAUGUGUGAUAAGUGUCUGGAUUGUCAUCAACAUCUCAAAGUCGUCUUUGAAGGUCAUGAGAUUGUAUCCAUGGAGGAUAUCAUCAAGAGGAAGGUCAGCAUUGGUCAUCUUUAUGAGAAGUGCUGCAUCCACAAACAAGAGAACAAAAAUAUGUUUUGUGAGGAUUCUAAGGUCCACGUCAGUCACAAGUACGUGAUAGUCGGUCAUCAAAAUCACAACAUCAAGAAUCAGGCUGACUUCGAGCAAGAGUUACGGCUAAAGGUGAACGACCUUGUCCAGCGUUGUGCAAGUAAAAAAUCAGAACUGGAGAAGAACAUUCAGAAUGUGGAGGUACAACGAAAUGAAGUAUACAUUGCCGUGCAGAAACUACUGGAUGAUGUCAAUCAAACCUACAGCAUCAAGGCCAAAGAGCUUGAAGAAAAUCUUCGAAAUCUCAUCGAGCAGAUCAAUGCAGUGAGCGGAGUUUCGAUGAUGAUCUCAACGUCUUGA